AUGGAGCACGGUUUCGCGGGUAACUUCAGCAAUUUCCAAAGAGGGUCCCCGCGCAGGCCGUACACAGCUGCCAGCGGCGGCGGCGAGGAAGAACAAGUCCAGCAGGGGCUGGAAGCGAGCCGUGGCGGUGAAACUGCACAACUUCAUCGGGAUGGUACCGCUUACCCGCCUGUGUUCAGCGUGCCGCCGCAGGCAGCUAGGCUCGGCGGCUAUGGCGUAGGCAACGGACUAAGAUCACAGCCUGCGAUUGGCAUUCCACAGGCAACGUCAAGAAACGACGUACUUGGCGCGCAUGGCGCGCAAGUGUACAGUAACGUAGUGCCGUAUAACGACGAUGAGUUCUACGAAGACGUCGGCCGUGUCAGUUAUGUCCACGAUAACAGUGCCAAUCAGAACCACUAUUACGAGCACAAAGAGACGGUACCAAUGCUGGAGGAAAAGAGCGCACCAUAUACACUGAGUGUAGUAGAGGACAGCCAGCAGUCUACUGGACUGCAGCUGACUGAUACUGAAAGGCAGGAAGGCUACAUUGACCAGCGCGGGGAUGAAUAUCAGAUUAUUUCGUACUUGGAUAGUCAGGGUGACACUGUGAAUCCGUAUGGAAGCGGGCACAUAAUGUCAGCACGCACCGAUGUGGACCCAAUGUACCGAUCCGCAGAUACACCGGAAGCUUAUUUUUCCACGAGCGGCAGUGAUCUCUCGCGUAGCGGCCUAAUCGGCAGUACUCCGGUUCCGAAGGGUUCUGGCGACUGCAGCGAUCUCAGCUCAGAACGGCUUCUGAGUGGUUUACCGCAGUCGAAACAGCCUAAAAAUCGCAUUGUAUUACGAAAGUUCAAGCUAUAUCGAGGAAACUUUAUCUUUGAUUGUCCAGUCAGUGAACAGCUAGUGUCGCAGUACGCACGUGGCAUGAGAGAAGAUUACCUCACGAACGAAUACAAAUUCAUGCGAUAUCAGGCUGUCACCUGUGAGCCAGCUGAGUUUCAGCUAAAGAACUUUACCGUGAGACAAUUAAAAUACGCUGUACCGCGUAGGACAGAAAUCAUGAUCGUGAUAACGAUGUACAACGAAAACGACAUAUUAUUGGCACGGACAUUAAAAGGCGUCAUGGACAACAUAAAAUAUUUCACUCGACGGAAGCGUUCUGAUAUUUGGGGCCCCGAUGCCUGGAAACGGAUAUGUGUCUGUGUUGUUUCGGAUGGGCGUGAGGCGAUCAACCCGCGAUCAUUGGCAUUAAUGAGUGCGUUAGGAUGCUACCAGGACGGCUUCGCCAAGGACGAGAUUAAUGGCAAGAAAGUCGUGGCCCACGUAUACGAGCACACUACCAAAAUAAAUAUCACUAAAGUGUCUCGGUCAAAGGUGCACUUAGCAUGCGGCGAUAAUACGGUACCUGUUCAAUUAUUAUUCUGUUUAAAGGAAAAGAACCAGAAAAAGAUCAAUUCUCAUCGCUGGGCCUUUGAAGCAUUGGCUCCGGUUGUGCAGCCAGAGAUUGUAACAUUAUUGGAUGCCGGGACACUACCAGGUAAAGACUCCAUAUAUCAGCUCUGGAAGGAGUUUCUUGACCCGAACAUUGGCGGAGCAUGUGGAGAGAUAAGGACAGAUUUAGGACCGGGGUAUUCUAAGCUCUUAAAUCCGCUUGUAGCAUCACAGAAUUUUGAAUACAAAAUGUCGAAUAUAUUGGACAAGACGACCGAAUCAAAUUUCGGUUUUAUUAGCGUCUUGCCAGGAGCCUUUUCAGCGUACCGCUAUGCUGCUCUCGAGGGAGAGCCAUUGCGGAAAUACUUUAUGGGUGAGAACUUAAACAGUACUGUAUUCCUCUCGAACAUGUACUUAGCAGAGGACAGAAUCCUAUGUUUUGAAAUAGUUAUAAAGAAGAAUGCCCGAUGGUUAUUAAGGUACAGCAGAGCCUCAUAUGCUGCAACAGAUGUUCCUGAUCGCAUCCCGGAAUUCAUAUUACAGCGUAGACGUUGGUUGAACGGGUCCUUCUUUGCUGCUCUGUAUUCCUUUGUGCAUUUCUACAAGAUAUGGUCCAGCGGACACACUAUUUUCCGAAAAUUGUUACUAACAGUAGAAUUUUUCUAUCUUUUUAUCACAAUGCUAAUUGCUUGGUUCUCAUUGAGUUCCUUCUUCCUCGUGUUUCGGAUCUUGACUUUGUCACUCACUAUAUCAUAUCCCGAAUACUCAGCGUUUAGAUAUUUAUCCGUAAUAUUCCUUUGGUUGUACGGUAUCACCAUUUUGAUCACAUUUAUUCUAUCAUUGGGUAACAAGCCCAAAGGGACUCCAAAGUUUUAUCUUACCACAUUUAUCUUCUUUGCCAUAUUGAUGAUAUAUAUGAUGUUUUGCGCAUUAUACAUGUCAGUGAGUACCAUAAAAACCAUGGUUAUCGAAAAUAAAGUGUCAUUCCAGGCACUUCUUAAGAGUGGUAGUUUCAAGGAUAUUGUUAUUUCUAUGUCAUCGACUUAUUGCCUGUACAUUCUGUCGUCAAUAGUCUAUCUGCACCCGAUGCAUAUGCUGACCUCCUUCAUUCAAUAUGUGUUACUAAGUCCCUCCUACAUUAACAUCCUCAAUAUCUAUGCUUUUUGCAAUGUUCAUGACAUAUCUUGGGGGACAAAAGGCUCGCAGCCCAAGCCUUUGGGCAAACUUGAGUCCAAGGCAGAUGGUACAGUGCGCAUGGAGAUACCAGUCUCCGCAAGGGAAAUAGACUACAACUAUAACAAGUAUCUGGACAUACUUCAAAAUCCAGAGAGAGGCAUGGAUGAUUCGAUCCCCUCAUUUGAGGAGCAGAAAACCUCGUAUCUAGCCGCCGUGAGGUCGCUAGUCAUCAUAUUCUGGAUUAUAUCUAAUUUCGUCAUCAUAGCGCUCGUUUUAGAGACGGGCGGCAUUGGCCAAUACCAGUACUUAAAAGCUGCAGAUGAGGACGAGCCAGACACUAUUGCGAUUCUAUCCAGUAAUGCCACUGUGUACUUCUCUGCGAUCCUAUGGUUAGUGGCUAUUAUGGCCGCUAUUAGAUUCGUCGGAUGUUGUAUCUACAUGAUCAAGCGCGUAUCUCGUAGAUUCAGACGCAAUUAA